AUGUCUCUUCAAAUGACUGUUAUCUUCCAACUCGGUGCCAAUAAUAUACACCCCUAUACACCCUCUCCUCCGAGUCUUGGACACAUAAGUGAUAUUGUGAAUGAGAUAUUUCCCUUGUUGAGAAAAAGGAGGCGGCUUGGGCAUGUACGAGACGACAUGCGUGAAUUCGAGACAGCAAAGGAAGUGCAUCUAGUACUAGGAAGUAAGACAAGGGAUUAUCCUUUCAUUUAUUUCUCUCAAGAUCAGCAGUACGGUAGUUUCCCAAAACAAAGCAGAUUCGUCCGGGAUACAUACAGAACUUGGAAAGAAGUAGAAGAGAAUCAAUAUCCUCAAAAUCACCCAAUCCGUAAGGCUUAUAUAUUCCAGAAGAACACAAUUAAUCUUGGUGAACCAAUGUACUUUUUGGUGGAUCGCCCGCUCCUGACCCUUCGUUCAAAGAGUCCGCCUAUGGCACUAUCGGCGGCAUGGGUUUCUGUUUGCGGAUAA